AUGGAGCGUAAAGGAUUUGAACUUUACAACGCAGCUAAAAACAAAGAGGUCUCCUCAAGUACUUUAAGGAGCCUGCUUGAAAAGGUGACAUGGGAAAGAAACACCGUCCUUCAUUUAGCAGUAAAUUUUGAGAACAAAGUUAUUGCAGAAAAAAUUCUCGAAUCAGAUCAAAGACUUUUGUACAAGACCAACAACAAAGGUGACACUGCACUGCAUAUUGCAGCAAGGUUCGGGUAUAUGGAGAUGGUAGAGCUUCUAAUAAAGUAUAGGAAACAAGAUGUUGAACAAGGCAUGAAUCUCUUAAGGAAACAGAAUUCAGAGGAAGAUACAGCACUGCAUGUUGCUGUACGAAAGGGUGAAAAAAAGAAUGUGAAAUUGCUAAUUGAUGAAGACCCAACACUGGCAUUGAUGACAAAUAAAGCAGAAGAGUCCCCCCUCUUCCUGGCUGUGGAUAGGGAAUUUUAUGAUAUUGCUUUGGAGAUCCUGAAAUUAGAAAAAUGCUCCCCGGAAGGAAGGAAAAACAUGAAUGCAUUGCAUGCAGCAGUUAUUCGAACUUACAAAUACAAAGAAGGCAUGUCUGCCCUUCACAUUUCAGCUAAUAAAGGACAUGUUGAUGUAAUGGAUACACUCAUUAAAAGAUGUCCAGAUAUUUGUGAGUUGUUGGACAAUAAAGGUAGGACAGCUCUUCAUUAUGCUGUGGAAAGUGGAAUGCCAAAAACAGUAAAGUUUCUGCUACGCAAAGAGGAAUUUCAAAAUCUUAUAAAUGAGCAAGAUGAAGAAGGAAACACGCCUCUGCACCUAGCAGCCACUCGAGGGUAUGCUAUGAUCGUACAAAGUCUGUCACUUUUCAGUAAAGUUGACAACGUGAUCAAGAACAAGGCAGAUAGGACCACUCUUGACAUUCUCCGAUCAAAAACUCAGAAAAAUAUUCUGUUUUGGCUAGCAGAUGAGAUGCCGUUGGGACCUUUCAUCCCUUUUUUUAGAUACAAUAUCGGCUAUCUACCCAGUUUGGAAACGGUGGCCACUAGAGAAACAAAAGAAGCACAUUCUAUUGAGACUGCUACGAAUGGAGAAGGACAUCAUGAUCAAAACAAAGUGUCAAAGAAAGAGCUCAAUGUGGAAGGAAAUAAUAAUGAGGAAAAAAAGACUGAAGCCCCAUGCCAGAAAGCACAAGAUAAUCACCCUGUCCAGAAAGAAGAAUCCAGUCAAAUUUUGGCGAGCACAUCAUUAAUGGUAGCAACAAUAGUCGCAACUGUCGCGUUUCAAGCAGCCUGCCAAGAUCCCGGUGGGUACGAUGACAAAAGCGCCUUCUUAAUGUGUUUUCAGUUCAUAGUUGCCAUUCUCCCACGAUAUUUCCAAAUCCCAUACCCACGACUCUUUAUAUUCAUGCUGUCUGAGCUGUCCCUUCUCUGUAUGAUAGUAGCUUUUCUAUCUGUACUCAACACCCAAAAUUCUAAGCCUUCUGAUUCUUCUGCAACUGAUUGGGGAUCUCGAGUCUCAACUCUGGAGAACAUCCAAUCGCAAAUUAAUCCAAGCCAAAAGGGCAGUGAUGACAUCAUGAGUGCGUAG